UCUUCCAAACGUUUUAUAUUCAAUUAACGUGCAACAAGCCACGUAAGUGUGAUAAUCAAAGAAUCAUGCCCAAUCGCCCAACAGUGAAAAGUUAGGAUUGAGAUCAGAUUUUCUAGGUUAGGAGCAUUUUCCUCUAAUGAACCCAUGCUUCGCGUUUCUGCUCCACCAAGGCAAUCUUCGAUGAAAAGAAUAAUAGCAGCAGGUAUGUUGCAUAAUCACGGAGUUAGUUCCGACGUUCAAUCUGGGCCAUGCGCAGGCUGGGCCAACCCAGUUCGGAUGUUCGUGGAAUAGUAUGGAGGAUGAGUUUGACGUUAAAAAAGCUGUUCUACGAUUUCUAUUAUUGCAAUAAUUGGGAUCCCAGGGAUCACUGGCCAACGGUGGUUCUUCAAAUCAUGUUAACAAGCGUGUUAAUAUUCAAUCGUGGUACAUUGGUACUACGUCAGCGGUUGCAGUGCGAAGGAGGAGUAGCAUCUCAGCGAGUUUGUGAUAGUAACAACCCGAACCGACUGACGAUCAAUCAAACCCCGUCUUUGCCGAUCGCCGCCCGAGAAAGACCCGAGAUGACGAUGACUCCAGCAAAAGCAAGCUAGCGGUAUGUAAGCGUGCGGAAUAUCUGUAAGAGAGAGCCUGUUGAGAAGGUGUUAUAGUCUAUAGGGGUAUAUCAGCGUACCCCUUAGCGUGUUUGCGUCGUGCGUAGUGUGUCGCCCUAAAAAUCAUAAUAGUCCAUUUCCAAUAACGGAGAUAGCCCUAUAUCAGAGCAGUACUCUAAACGAAUCAUUUUACACCUUAUGUCGGUUAGAGUCAAACGGAUCGGGAACCUAGAUACC